AUGAGCUGAGCCCAGCCAACCCGUCAGUACCGCGUCGAGCGUCGAACGAGCCAGACGCAUAACGUGUUGUAGUAUUUUCCGAGUGGUCCGAUAUAGUGGACGGUGGUGGUGAAGUGGAGUGUUGUGUUAUGUGUGUGAAUGUGUAAAACGGGGAGAAAGCCGGCACUGCGCGAGGCCAGCAUCGCGUGAUGGCGCAUGGAGUGCGCAUGGAGCUGGUGGGCGACGCUGGUGCUGGCGUCCCUGGUCGCGGCAGGGCCUCGCUACAGCUCGCGCAUCGUGCACACUCACGCAGGCGCCAUCCGCGGCAUCAUCGUAGAACCCGCGUCCCGGCGCCUGGAGCCCGUGGAGGUGUUCCGAGGGGUGCCAUACGCGGGGGCGCCAGUACGGAUGGCGCCCCCGCCGCCGGCGCCCGCCUGGCCCGGCACCCGGCUCGCCGACGCCUUCGCGCCCGUCUGCCCGCAGCGCGCCCCCGACAUAUCCAACAAGACCGCAGCAUUAACAAAGAUGCCGCUAGGUACAUACAACGAGCUAAAGGCCACACUGCCGCUGAUUGCCAACCAGAGCGAAGACUGCCUGUACCUCAACAUCUAUGUGCCCGGUAGCGGUGCGCGUGGCGUGGAGGCGCCAUACGCUGUGGUGGUGUGGGUUGGAGCCCCGUCCCACGAGUGGGGCUCGCCCAACACGCUGGACGGGUCUGUGCUGGCCGCGCGGGCGCAUCUACUCGUCGUCACUGUCAACUAUAGGAUAGGGCUAUUAGGUUAUUUAACUACGGGGGCUUCAGACGAGGUCCAGCAAGCGGGCGGCGCGGCGUUGCUCGACGUUGCGGCAGCGUUGCAGUGGAUCCGGAGGAACAUUGCAGCGUUCGGUGGGGACCCAAAAAGAGUCACAUUAGCUGGACAUUCGGCGGGCGCUGCGUUGGCUAAUGCUUUGCUCAUGUUACCAGACACUAAGGGGUUAAUAUCCCGAGUACUGCUACUGAGUGGUUCGGCGUUGAGUCCAGCAGCGUUGACUCCAGAUGCAUCACUAGCCAGAGAACACACAGCGCAAGCCCUGAGAUGUGUUCCUGAGGAGUCUUCUACAGAACACUGGUUGGUAACCUGCAUCCGCGCCCGUCCCCUCGCAGCGCUGCUCGCAGUCGAGGCCCCCCGUGCCCGCUUUCUCGCCGGCUGGGCCCCCUCGGUCCCCUCUAAAGAUGGCAACCAGGCCCCCACGAGAACCCUACACGCUAGUGAUGCGUUCUUGGACUGCGCGCUGGCGGUCGUGGUGUCUACAACGGAGAGUUAUCAGUUUUUCAGUGAAGAUGAUAUUAGGCAUGGAUUUGAGGAGGAUCAUAGGAACCGAAUCCUCCGCACCUACGUCCGCAACGUGUACCACUACCAUCGCAACGAGAUCUUCGCCGCCAUCCGCAACGAGUACACAGAUUGGGAGAAGCCUAUUCAACACCCGAUCAACAUUAGAGAUGCUACGUUGGAGUCUCUAAGCGAUGCCGCAAUUGCUGCUCCAGCGCUAAGGGUUGCGCAGUUGCAUGCGAGGAGGGGUGCAAGGACAUUCUUCGCGCAUUUCACGCAUCAGAGUAAAGAUGCUGAUUAUCCACAGCGCCUCGGCAGCACGAGCAGCGAAACCCUCCCCUACUUCCUCGGUCUUCCACUCGUCGGCGGGAUGCCAUAUUCCCCCAGAAACUACUCCAGAGGAGACGUAGGAGUAUCAGAGUCUGCUGUAGCCCUGCUUGCUGCGUUCGCGAAGACUGGUGAUCCGACACCAAGCGAACAUCACGAGGGGGCAGUGUCCUGGCCGAGAUAUGAGCUGAAUUCGCAGCAGUAUUUGAGUAUAAGUUCCAAACUUCGUGUAAAAAGCCACUACAGAGGCCACAAAAUGGCGCUCUGGCUUCAUCUUAUCCCGCAGCUGCACAGGCCGGGCGCGGCGCCAAGACAUCAUCAGUUCCGCUCCAUACAUCCUGAUAUGUUUGCUGGCGAAAUCUUCCCAGAACUCUACACAACAGCAGCCUUAGAUGACGAAUACAGCACAGAGGCCGAAGAGACUUCAGAGGCCGAAUGCGAGCCCUCACCCUCGCCGAGGCCGGCGCUUUCUCUGCCCUCACCUCAACCCACGCCGAAAGAAGAUUCCUUAACGACAAUGGACACGCAUUAUUAUAGCUACACAGUGGCGCUCGGUGUAACCGUGGGCGCCGGCUGUUUCCUACUGGCCUUGAACGUGCUGGUGUUCGCGGGGAUCUACCUACAGAGAGGCCGACGGAGAGCUACACGGAGGCCAAGGAGAGAAGGGAGCUGCAGCAGUCGCGCAGCCACGGGGUCCCUCAACAGUGACCCCACCGCUCCGUCCCCGAGGAAAAGCACCCUCAAGCGCAGCAGCGAAACCGAACUGAAGGAGCGUCCGACCGCCGCGCCAGCAAAAAAGCGCGUCCAAAUCCAAGAGAUCUCAGUCUAGAAGAAUUCUAGAAAGAUCCAGCAGAAUCCAGGAGGAUCCUGGACAGUCCGGGUACCAUAUUGGCAAAAAUAGCAUCCAAAUCCAAGAGAUCUCAAAUUAAAAGACUUACUAGAAGGAUUUAAGAGGACCCCUGUAGCGUCUCUGCAGGAUCGGAGCCCCACGCUGGCAAAAAUGCAUCCAAAUCCAGAAGAUCUCAGUCUAGAAGAAUCCAGAAGGUACCUUGAAGCUUUCCUGGAAAGUCCAUGACCAUGCUGGCAUAAACUCCAGGAGAUCUCAAUCUAGAAGACUUAGUAUGGAGCUUUCCUGAAGAUGUCUAAUCGGUUCAGUAAACUUCUCGGACGAUUCCAAUUUUUUGAAGACAAGUGACAAGUUAGACUGUAAUGACAUUUGUGGGUAACAAUUUCAAAGGUUCCAGUGUGACAUAAUAAUUUAAUAAAGUGAGAAGUUAAAUUUAAUGGAAUUUUAAAAACAUGCGUGCACAUCAAGAAAGAAAAAGAGAGUGUACCUCUCUCUGUGUGUGAAGAUGCAAUACUGACAAUUAAUGAACUAAAACUAAAUUAGAUGAAUAACCUAGUUGGGCAAGUACUUUAUGAUAUUAUUUAUAUAUUAUAAAUAAGUAUAUGUAUUCUUGGCUAUUUAAUUCCUUGCUUGCAUAUUAUAAGUGAGUCUAUACAUGUUUAUAACACCUAACAAAAAGAAUGGAAUAUAGAGGAAUUUACAUAAAAAACAUAACAAGUCAAUUUUGAAAACAUUUCCUCAACCCGGCUUUUUUUCAAGUUUCAAUUUUGCUUUUAAAAAUAUAAUUUGGGAGAAACAAAUAUCAAAUUUAUUUAGACAAGUAUGCAAUACAAUUUUUUUCGUAGGUUUCUUUAUUGAUUUGUGAUUGUUAUAGGGCAUCUCACUCGCACCAAUGUAUAGUUAAAUUCACCGGCGAGAAAUGAUAAAAUGAGAUCAAAAUUUAAUUUACAUCGAUUUGUAAGUUCAAUUCAGACUUUUUGCCUAAACGUACAUUUAGACCAAUGAAUGACCCUCGAUUUUAAUUAGUUUAAAAACAAAGAAAAAGAAUAUUACGUUGAACUUUCAAAUACGCGUAAAAUAACCCAACCUACAGUGUGCAGCCGGUUAAAAAGCACUUCUAAAACGGAGGAUUUAGCCUGCGAACAUAAUAGAGAGGAAGUUUUGAUGAACAUUCCAGAUAAUCGCUUGAGCUGACACGAAACUUCAAAAUACUAACGAUUUUCUAAAAUAUACCUUAUCUUACACAACUUUAAGUCCACAUUCAAAUGAAAAAAUGAAUUCUUUUUAAAAGUCCUUGACAGACGUAACCUAAUUUUCGAAAUGUGAGGGUAGUAAGAGAUAAAAGUGUCCAAGUGUAGUGAAAAUGAAAUUGUGAAGUGAGAUGGAAGCGGUGUGCUGAUAUUGCUCGGCGAGCCCAGGUGGACGGUCUGUUACUCUCUGCAAGAGUCCAAUAUGAACAGUAGGAACAAAUCUACCAUGACGAAAUCGUGUCAAUCGUCAGUAGUUAACGUCAAUCGAAAAGAAAAUGAAGCACGGAAAUAAUCAUAUGAUUUUCUUGUGGAACUGUUAAUUCCCAAACAUUUUAUUAGCAUUGGAUGUCGUUGACGAUUGUCAAAAUGAUAUUUGAUUAACAGGCAUAUUGUAAUUUUAAUUAUAGGAUAUGAAUUCAAAUGUCAGUGUCAAAAGUUUUCGUUGAAGGAAUGUUACUUUUGACACUGAAGGAUCCGAUCCCCAUCUAAUUCAGAUCGAAUUCAUAUAUACCUAAUUAAUAAAUAAUAAAUAAAUAAAUAUUAUAGGACAUUCUUACACAGAUUGACUAAGCCCCACGGUAAGCCCAAGGAGGCUUGUGUUAUGAGUACUCAGACAACGAUAUAUAUAAUAUAUAAAUACUUAAAUACAUAGAAAACACCCAUGACUCAGGAGCAAAUAUCUGUGCUCAUCACACAAAUGAAUGCCCUUACCGGGAUUCGAACCCAGGACCAUCGGCUUCACAGGCAGGGUCAUUACCCACUAGGCCAGACCGGUCGUCCGCCAGUUUGUUCACUGCACAAAUAAAAUUUUAUAAAAUUUGAAUCAAUCGACAAAGUUACGAUUUUGGUAUAGGAAUUUCUAUAUAAAAAAAACUACGAAUUAAUAUGACAGUGAUUGGAUAUGCGUAAUAAUGUGGCAUGUGGACUAUGGCUCAAAUUUCAAUCAGAAUUUAGCUUGUAAGUUGUAUUUUUAAUGUAAUAUUAUAAAACACACUAAUUUUUUUAAAUAUUAUUAAUACUAUUUCUAAUACGCAUCAUCAGUUGGAUACAAGUCAACUGUUUUUUAUAUUAUUUGUAAAAACAAGUCUUUGAACAUGUUGUAAAUAGAAAAUCCUGCAUAAAUGUUUUUCAUUUUACUCGCAAUAAUAAAAUGUGCGAAUGUGUACGUAAGUUAGCAUAGCAACUGUGAAAAUGUAAAAAUAUGGAUGCAUUGUAUAACUAACUUCCUUGGUAAAAUUGGAUAUUCAGAAUGUCUGUAUGUAUAAUUGUCGUUAUUAUCUACUUUGCAAAUUUUAUGCAGUGUACAAUGUACCGUUUGGAAUGCAGUGAAGUAAACUUUACAAUAUAUUAUAUAAGAUUUUAAAUAACGUUGUACAUUUCUGAUUUAGCUGUCACUAGAUAGCUUAAACCGAAAAAACAUAUAUGUAUAAUAAUAAAAUAACAAAUAUACAUUAUAAUUAUUUAAUUUUGCACGAGGUGGUUUUACAAAAAUACCUUGACAUAAAAUUUCAUAAAUUUCUGAUUCUGAGUGUAAGUAAAACUGAUAUCAUAUGCCUUCUUCUGUAUAACAUUGACAUUUCAAAAAGUUUAUGAGUAAUGAAGUAAAAUUUGACAUUAAAGAAAAAUAAUAUAAAUGUGGUUUUAAACAUUAAUCAACUUAAUCAUUUGACGGACCCUUCGUGCAAAAUUGUAAAAAGAUUUGUUUACCUACUGCAAUAAUUUUACUGUGGUUUGCUUGAGCCAGUCGAGCGAGAGCUGCGUGUAUGUGUGUGUACGUUAUAUGUCCGUAUGUGCGGAGCACUUCUACCUCUGACCAAAUGUAUGGUUUUAGUCUCAGUUACAACCUGAUACUCCAAUCAACGAAGGCUUCUAUUUCGUUCUUUUUUACCAUUUUCUUCUUUUCAAAAUUGUUGAUAUUAAGUUGUUCUUUUACUCACCACCACUUUUUUUUAGCUUUAAAAUUUUAGAUGUUUAUAUCGCCACACUGUAAAUAGCAAAAAAUGCCUUCGUUGAAUGGUUUAUUGAACAUGUUGUUUACUUAAAGAUAUAUCGAAUUUAAUCCUAGAUGAAUUAUAUUAUACAUUUCAUUAAAUAUCGUUAGAAAAUCAGAACUUUAGUUCGGAGUUUACUCCUACUUGUUAUCUUCCAAUUUCUUUAGUAGAAUUGUUAAAUUGUUUACUUAAAAUGGUGUUAUUAAGAAUAGUGUAUCCUUCAUCAUCAUCAUCAUGUCAACCGAUAGACGUCCACUGCUGGACAUAGGCCUCCCCCAAGGCUCGCCACUCCAACCGAUCCUGUGCCGCUCGCAUCCACCGAAUUCCCGCGACCUUCACCAGGUCGUCGCUAAAUUUUAUAUGUAUAUCCUUAACUUUUUUAAACUAAUAUUCUAAAACUCUGUUCUGUUCAAGAAAAAACUUUUCCAGUUUUCUACAAAACUUAAGUCUUUUAAUUAUGAUCAAUCGCAAAAAAAUGUGACGAGUUGCAUAUAUCGUGACAAACUGAAAAAUAUCAAAAUCUGAAUAAUAGUGACUUAUAAUAAUAAAUCCGAACUUACGCAUGAUUCGAAAAACCCUAAUACAAAUUUCACAAUCUAAGAACUAAAGUUAAAGGUACAGUUUUUCUGGAAAACCCAAAAACUAUAUCAUCAUCAUCAUCAUCAUGUCAGCCGAUCGACGUCCACUGCUGGACAUAGGCCUCCCCCAAGGCACGCCACUCCGACCGAUCCUGUGCCGCUCGCAACCACCGAAUUCCCGCGACCUUCACCAGGUCGUCGCUAAAUUUUAUAUGUAUAUCCUUAACUUUUUUAAACUAAUAUUCUAACAAAACUCUGUUCUGUUCAAGAAAAAACUUUUCCAGUUUUCUACAAAACUUAAGUCUUUCAAUUAUGAUUAAUCGCAAAAAAAUGUGACGAGUUCCAUAUAACGUGACAAACUGAAAAAUAUCAAAAUCUGAAUAAUAGUGACUUAUAUUAAUAAAUCCGAACUUACGCAUGAUUCGAAAAACCCUAAUACAAAAUUCACAAUCUAAGAACUAAAGUUAAAGGUACAGUUUUUCUGGAAAACCCAAAAACUAUAUGAUCAUCAUCAUCAUGUCAGCCGAUAGACGUCCACUGCUGGACAUAGGCCUCCCCCUAGGCUCGCCACUCCGGCCGAUCCUGUGCCGCUCGCAUCCACCGAAUUCCCGCGACCUUCACCAGGUCGUCGCUCCACCUCGUUGGAGGCCUACCGGCAGUUCGUCUUCAACUAUAUAUGUAAAUAUAAUCCCAAUUUUCGAACUCAUGAUUAAUUUUAUUAUUAAUAUACUGUGGUACUGUAAAUAGACAAUUGUAGAAUAAAUCUGUACAUAAUAGAAAUAAUAGUCGGUA